CUGUUAUAUUUCAGCACUCAACUAGCACGAGCUCAUUUUGAAAAACAUCCACCCAAUAAUUUGCGCAAAAGUAAUUUCUUUCAUUUUGUGAUUGCACUAUAUGAUCGUGUUGGACAGCCAGUGGAAAUUGAAAGAACACAAUUUGCGGACUUUGUGGAGAAAGAACGAGAAGUAGAUGGAGAAGAUACUCGAAAUGGUAUUCAUUACAGACUGUGGCUUGCAUUUGCCAAUGGUUUACGCGCGGAGCAAGAUUUAUAUGUACGUCUUGUCGACAGUGUCUCUAAACAGGCCAUAGCAUAUGAAGGACAAGAUAAAAAUCCUGAAAUGUGCCGCGUACUACUAACUCACGAAGUUAUUCGAUGCUGUGAAAAGAAAAGUUGUGGUAAUCGUAAUGAGACGCCCUCAGAUCCGGUGAUUAUUGACAGAUUUUUUCUGAAAUUUUUUCUGAAAUGUAAUCAGAACUGUUUGAAGAAUGCUGGAAAUCCUCGAGAUAUGAGAAGAUUUCAGGUUGUUUUGGGCACUUCAGCACGUGUAGAUGGUCCUUUACUUGCAAUAUCUGAUAACAUGUUUGUUCACAAUAAUUCAAAGCAUGGAAGGAGAACAAAACGGGUUGAUCCUACUGAGGAUAUCUCAGACUCCUCAGAUGUUGUAGUAACAUCUAAUCCAAUAAUUAAAGCAAUAUGUCCAAGUGAAGGUUGGACGCAAGGUGGCACAUCAGUUAUAAUCAUCGGUGAAAAUUUUUUCGAAGGUCUUCAAGUUGCUUUUGGAUCCACUACUGUUUGGAGCGAGUCAGUUCAAGUUAUUACAUCGCAUGCUCUGCGCGUUACAACGCCUCCUCGUCACAUGCCUGGAGUAGUUGAAGUAACAUUAACCUACAAAUCAAAACAACUUAAUCGAGGAAAUUCUGGACGAUUCGUUUAUGUUUCUCUUUCUGAACCAAGUAUCGACUUUGGAUUUCAAAGAUUGCAGAAAUUGUUACCCAAGUAUCCAGGUGAUCCAGAAAGGUUACCUAAAGAAUUAAUAUUGAAAAGAGCAGCUGAAUUAGCAGAAGCACUGUAUAGUAGUCAACAGUUCACGCUACCACCACCAAGAACUCCUGCUGAUCCAUUAUCUCAUUAUGCCUCUGCCUAUACUGCUCAGUUUGAUACUAAUAAUGACUAUACUCGAUCUCAUAAUUUAUCACCACGAGCUUUAUCAAAUUAUAGCAGUAGUGCAGGUCCGCAUUCGCUAUCAUCGGCAGUUUAUCAAGGAACUUAUUCGGCAUCUGUUAGUGCCUCACCAGCUGCACAGUUUCUCAAUGCUCCAGCUAGUUUUGCGCCUUUUGGAGCGGUGAAUCCAUUUGCAGCAGCAUCAUUCCAAACAACAGCAAGGCUCACUUGACU